GUUUUUCUUUUCUUUACCUUCGUUUUCUUCCCUCGCUCUUCCUCCACAAGUCCUUUCCUCAUUUCACUCCCUCGACUCUCUCCUCGCCUGCGCCAGUUGAGGCGCUCAUCAAGCCCCAGAGAGAGAGAACAGGCAACGAGAGACGCCUUCCUUUUUUUCUUUUUCCCUGUCUUUUUCUCCAGUUUCUAUCUGUCCGCGUACUUCCUCUUCUCUUCGCACAUGUCCUCUCGCUUCUCCGCCUUUCUGCGUUGGCACCCGUUUUUUCUUCUUCUCGUUCCACCUUUUCUCGCCGGACUCCACAGCGCAGAACUUGCGAACGAUUCAGCGCUUCCUUCUUCGCCGCUCUCCUCUCUUUUUGCUCUGCCUCCUGCCUCGUCGCUUCUUCCCUGUCCUGGCGGACCCUCGUGAAGCGUCGACAGGCGCGAAAGGCGAGGGCUCAACAGAGGAAGAACAAGACGGCGAAGAAGGAAGCAGAACGAGGACGACAAGAAAAAGGAACAAGGAGACAGGCACGAACGACAGAAAGCAUCCAGCAAGGACUCCUGAGCAGAGCGCCUGCGGAGAUUCCGGUGGAGCGUUUCUCCGACAAAGUUUGUGCAAGAAAAAGAAGAGACUGCGACCUCGGUGUUGGUGGAAAGCGAGGAGCCAGAAACCGAGGCAGAGCGAACGCUACAGACUGCUUCGAGAGGGCAGAGAUACCUGUGUCGGCAAUGGCGAAGAAGAGAAAAGCAGGAGGAGCGCCGCCCUCCAGGAAUGCCUUCGAAGUCUUAGGAAACAAGAAACUGAGAAGAGAAGUCGCCGGGCAAAAGGUGAAAGGUAGCAAGCGCGAUGCGGCUCUUGCAACUCAGAAAGACCAGCAGCGGCGGUCUCGCGCUCUGCUGCAGAGAGGCGUCGCCCAGGCGAGCCUCGGCACGGCGUUCGCGGACGAGCGCUUCGACGCCUCGAGCCGAGGAGGAGGCGAAGAGCGACUCGCGCUGCAGCGCCUGCGCCUUCUCGCCCAGCGCCAGCAGAGAGAGAAUACGAGGAGGAGGCGGAGCCGCGGCUUCGCUCUCGGAGACGGCGAAGACGAACUGACCCACAGUGGUGUGCCUUUGGCCGAACUGGAGGACGACGCCCUACAAGGCAGCGCCGGCGGCGCUCUAGGCGGAGCUCUUGGCGACAUCGAGGAGACUCUGGAGUUUCCACCCGAACUGUUCUUCAAGGAAGGCUUCCAAGGCGACGACGCACAAGAAGAAACGAGGCCUCGGACCAGAAAAGAAAUCUACCGGGAAAUCAUUGCCAACAGCAAAGAAGCGAAGGCGCGGCUUGCAAGUGAACAGCGUCAGCAGCAGGCGCUGUUGGAGAAGCUCGACGAUGACUACUCGGAUCUGCUGCGUCAUCGAGAUGCGCUGUUUCGGCCGACGAAGAAGCAGGCCCUCGACGCGCUUCUGCGAAAGCAUGUCGGAACCGACUCUGCUGGGGAGAAGUCAGGAGACGCUCUGCAGGCGCCGGCAGCGCGCGACAUGAAAUCUGCGAGCAAAGCAGAAGCGACAUUUUCUGCUUCUUCUCCUCUCCUUCUGGAUGUCCCCGCCUCAUCUUCGUCUGCUUCGUCUGCCUCAGCUGCUGCUUCUUCUCUCUCGCGGCAGAUGUGUGUAGCAGACGACUUCGAUGCGCUUGCCGCUUCCCUGCGCUUCGACCGGCGACUCCCGGGGACAGAGAAACUCUUGACGGCUGAAGAGGCUCAGGAACGAAAGAGAAAACUUCUUGAAAAGAAGGAAAGAGAACGCACAGAGCGAAUGCUUCAGCUGGGUGAUGAGCCUGUAGAAGAAGAAGACGAGGAAGAGGCAGAAGAAGGGGAAGAAUGCAGUGACCAUGGUGAAGAGGCUGAUGACGAUGAUGAAGAAAAGGAAUGUAGCGAAGACGAAGAAGAGGGAGAUGAAGGAGAUGAAGAUGAUGAAAACGAUGAAGAUGAUGAAGACGAUGAAGAUGAUGACGAAGAGGUGCAGGAGGCACGAACGCUGUUGGAAGACGGGAGUGAAGAUGAAGACGGGAGUGAGGAGGAAGACGCGAACGAGGAAAAUGAAUGCGCAGACGACGAUCCGACAGAGACGGGAGAAGGCGAAAAGGAGGAAGGAACAGACGAAGACGAGGAAAACAAGGAUGAAGAAGAGGAAGACAAGGAAGAAGAAGAGGAAGACAAGGAAGAAGACGAAGAAGACAAGGAAGAAGAAGAGGAAGAAGAUCAAGGUGAGGACGUUCAAAGAGAAGAAGCUGAAGAAGCAGGAGAUCGUAGGGGAGUUGGCGAACAAAUGGCUACAGAAGCGGACGAUGAGUUCAUGACGGAGGAGGAGAAGAAAGCAGCGUUAUGGAUGCGGAACGAGGCAGGCGAAGAAGGCCUUUCGUUCCAGCCCUCAGCGCCUCUCACUCGAGAAGCUGCUCGCUCGCUUCUCCUCCCGCAUCCUCUGAAGUCGCAGUGGAAGCUUCUCCACCGCGUGAGAGUUCUCCACUUUGGAGACGACGCAGCGGGGACGCAGGGUAUGGCACAGAAAGAGAAGAAAGAAAACGUCUUCCGUGCUCUCCUGGCCUACGCCCUCGACGCUCAUCUCGCUGCGCUCGCCUCUCAACGCGGAUUUCCUCUGACGGAGCUUUGGGACGCUCUGCACGAGCACUACUUGUUUUUCGCAGAAGAGCGAGAAGACGUUGUCUUCUCCUUCUUCUUUCCUCUCUUGGUGAACAUGGCAGCGCGAGUGGCUCCGCAAGCGCUGCCCGCCCAGUUGUUUUCUCUUCUCUCCUCUUCCUUCUCAUCGGACGCGGCCGGGGACAAGAUCUUGAAGCAAAGCGGCACAAAGCGGGGAAACGCGGAGAGAACUGGAGAGAAGGCUCUGCCGCGAGAUGCGGUGCAUGCGCUCUCUGUCGCUUCUCAAGACGACGCGUCUCUGCCGUACCCUCUCCUGUCUGUCGGCGAGUCCCUGAAGGAGUCUUCGGUCGUGCCUCCGGCUCCCGCAGAUCUCGCAGUUCUGCACCUUUUGUUUCUUCUUUGUCCUCUGACGGAUUUUCGACACCCUCUGCUGUCUUGCGCCUUUCUGCUUCUGGAUUUCUUCUCAAGCUUCUUCUCCUCGUUCUCUCUCGCCCUCGCAGCCGGAGUCCGACCUUCCCUCCAUAGGCUGCCUCUCCCGCCGCUGCCAACUUCCGAGGCUGCUGCGGCGCUGGCCUGCAGCGAAGCUCAGAAGGUCAGACGAGAGGCGCCAUCGGGCAGUGCAGAGAACAGAGAAGGCGAAAACCGGGAUCUGCCGCAGGUCCAUGCGUCUCUCUCGGGAGACAGACAACCGGCUGAGAAACGCGGAGACAAGGACCAGGUUGCGCGCGCUCACGGGCCGAUACCCCCCUGUCUUUCCCCAGACGCGGUCGACACUUGCAUGCAAAUUCUACUUCUCCAACGCAUGGCGAUGCAUGCCUCAGGCCGCGUCUUCCCGUCCUUCUUCACUCUCGCACUCGCUCUCCUUCGCACCCUGCUGGAACCGGAAGGACGCGCCGAGGGACAGAAGCCUGAAAAAGCUAAAGAAAAAGAAAACUCACCCUUCACGGACACAGACCGAAUCAAAAUGGCCCAAGCUGUCCUAGCCACACUUCGUGCACAAACCACCCAAAUGGCCGAGGCCUCGCCAGCGGCGUACGUUCCUGUUGCACACUGCCUGCUGCCUGCGGCGCCUUUUCUCCACGCGUCGAUCCUCUUGUCUGUCCUCCGAAGUUCGCCGAAAGCCAAGCAGGCAGCGCAUGCAGCGGCCCGCGUGGAUGAAUCUGACACGACAGAAGCCGUUCUUGAGCGCCUGAGAGAUUCGCCAUUUUUCCCUCUGCUGACCAACUUCAGACGAUUCUGGAGAGAGUCCGAGUCGAUUCUGAAGAAGCCUCUCGUUCCUCUCAGCCUCUACCACACCGCCGAAAAGGUAGGCCUCACGCUGUUGACUCCGCGCUACGUGGAGCCUGCUAUGCUUCGGCGCCGCGGCGCUUCCUCGGCGACUGACGACACCCGUGAGGACUUUGAAGAGUUGCGAAGAGAGAAGCGACAAGCGAACGAAAUGCGGAGACACGUUGGCCGCAUGCUGCGCCGAGAUGCGGCGUUUCUGGUGGCGCAGAAAGGACGCAAAGAAGUCCACCGAAAGCGACGAAACGCAGACCGACAGAAGGAGAUCCUCGGCAUCCUCGAGCAAGACCAAGUCGAAUACAAAAAGCUCAAAACCACGGGUGGUACCAUGGAUACUUCACUCGCCGCGUAUCGUCCCAGCAAAUGCAAGAAGAAGAAGCGUAUGGCGGGCAACCAGCAAGAAGCCCAGAUACAGCACGGCUAGCUGGAAAGAAGCGUUUCUGCAUGCGCUUAGGUUUCAGACUUUUCCAUUCUCUUUGGUCCUCGACCGUUGGAGCUUGGACUCGACUGGCGUGUCAUCUGCCGGCUCUGUCCUUGAUUCGUCGGUGUCCCAAAUACAAGGUCUCACUCUUUUCAGUCUCCUUUCUUUGUUCAUAAUCACUUUUUGCAGUGCGCGUUUCUCAGCUGUCUCGAUUCUUUCAACUUGUUUCCUUUUGGGUUCCUCCACGUUGUUCGGUUUCUCUUUCUGUGCGUGUCACUUUUUCCAAUUUCGUUUCUUCGCUUUUUCAGUCUCGCUCUCUCGUCGUGCUUCUCUGCCAUAAAGUCCCAGUCUCGAAAGGCUUCGUUCUUUGCCUUCUGGAAGGAUUCGCCGUCAUUCACAUGCUCCAACUCUCUUUUUUAUGACUCUGGUUUCGUCUUGCUCUUUUCCAUAUCGGCUGCUGCGAGAGCCCUGACAACCAAGCAGCUUUCUGGUCACGAUGCGUUCCUCUUUCUUCGAUCUCGAGUGAGAGCACAAGGCCGCAGAAGGCGAAAGAGAAAACGAAGAAGACUUGCCUCCGCGUCAAGCGUCAGUGUCUCCAUACAGUCCCUGGAAACAGAGCUGGAAGUCUCUGAAACGUACAGGCUCUGUUUUCGACAGAGACUCCUCUGCUUCGCGAGUCGGUCCUUCGUUCAAAUGCUGCAGUGAAGGACCUUUCUUUCUAGAGAGCGCAUCGCGAGACGCACUCCGAGCCUCCCGGUCUGAAAAUGAUUGAAACUUUGCUGCUUUCGACACAUUUGCAUGCGUCGGUUCUUACGUACAAGAGGCGGAAAAAACAUGUUCCAUAACGCGUGGUAUUUCCGCCACUGCUGUUUCUGGAUAUGUACUUUUCGUUACUACAAAAUAACUCCUCCUGUCAUGCUCCUAAAUUGAAACCAGUUAAGUGACGCACCG